UCUUCAUUCAGGUAGAGCGACAGCAGCAGGGCCGGUUGCGUCGGUGACACUUGUCGUUAGCUCUGACUAACCGUUAACGUUAGCUCGGCUCGGGCCCGUGUGGGUUGGGUUAGGUCGGUGCUUUACCUUCCUUCCUUGCUUGUACACUAGUUACCAUGGCGGCCGCGGAUCCCCGGUCCUCGAGUGACGGCGGGCCGGCCAGCAGAGGAGGAUUCCCUGCAGGGGAGAGCAGCAACGACCGCGACGGUCAGGGCGGCAGCAGCAACAGCAGCGGCGGCGGCGGCGGCAGCAGCAGUAGCGGGGACGGUGAACGGGAGCGGGACCGGGCCACCUUCGAGUGCAACAUUUGUUUGGACACUGCCAGGGACGCUGUCAUCAGUAUGUGCGGCCACUUGUUCUGCUGGCCCUGUCUUCAUCAAUGGUUGGAGACACGGCCCAGCAGGCAGCAGUGUCCUGUUUGUAAAGCAGGAAUCAGCAGAGAGAAAGUCAUCCCACUGUACGGCAGAGGGAGCUCCAGCCAAGAGGACCCCAGGUUGAAAACUCCACCGCGGCCUCAGGGACAGAGAACAGAGCCAGAGAGUAGAGGCGGGAUGUUCCAGGGUUUCGGGGACACUGGCUUUCACAUGUCUUUUGGCAUUGGUGCUUUCCCCUUCGGUUUCUUCACCACAGUCUUCAACACCAACGACCCCUUUCACAGAGCAGAUCAGUAUGCAGGUGAUCACCAAGGCAACGGAAACCUCAACAACGGCAAUAACAACUGGCAAGACUCCCUCUUCCUAUUUGUGGCCAUCUUCUUCUUCUUCUGGCUGCUGAGCGUGUGAUGGGAUGAAAUGGGAUGAAUGGAUAGACAGACGAGUGGAUCACCGGGAGGGAGCACAAAAAAGAAAAAAAAAAACAAAAGAAAAAAAAAAACAGCUCCCACACACUUAGCUCGAGCCACAGACACACACUCAUGUUAAAUUUCCUAGCAGGUAUUAAACAAGAAACACAGGAAUUUGGUUUUCUUCUCCUGGAAAAGGCAGAUUCACUUUAUGAUUCUCAGCCCCACCCACCUGCUUCUUUUAUUAUUUAUGCAAGAAACACUCACUGAAAGGUAGUGUUGCGUGAAUCCCAAAAUAAGUCAUGUUAGCCCUCCCUCUCUACACACACCUGUAGAUAUAUGCACACAAAAAAAUAAAGGCAGACACUUAACUUUAAGGGGUUCAAAGGCAGUAUUAUGUGACCAGAGUGAGCUGUGGAAAGACUUAAUUUUGUUUUGUUUCAAGUGCUGCAGAACAGAGGUGGGUGGAGGAUAAUUCCAGGCAGUGACUAUUUCUGUUUUGGUAGUUUAUUCUCUAAACAGAGAGGGGGAGGCAGGUUUGUGGGAAGUUUAAGUUAAAACAGGGUGGGGGUUAUGAGAUAGCAUGGUAGUUGCUAUAGCUGCUAUUUCUUACUCUAAGGCCAAAGAGCAGCAGAUCAGUCACAUACGAUGUCGGGGGUGAAAAAUGUAAUUGAAUUGUUCCUGUUUACAGAUUCCUCUUGAAAUGAACAAGUACUCCUAGAAGUUGCAACUCGCUCUUAAAAGCAGACUGAGGGAUAGAAACAGCACAGAUGGAUGCAUUUUUAUAUACAUUUGUCUUAACAAAAACUGCCAUUGCACUGUGAAGUAAUUUGUAGAUUGAGCUGUCCUAAAGUUUGGAGUGUGUGCUGGUGUUGAACCACUUGUUGUUCCCUGUACAAACACAGAUGGGUUUACAGGUCAGCGGCCAGUUUAGGAGACGUUUGUAUCAAAGUGAGCAACUUGAGAGAGUAAAAUCCAAUCUGACACAUCACGACCGCAAGAAGAGUCAGUGCAGCGUAACAAGUGGGGAGAGUCCAUUCAGUUAGUCAUGGAGGUGAAAAGGUCAGCACACAGCUGACAAGCAACAGUUCAAUGAACUGUGGUUAUAAAAUGUAAAACACACUUCUGUCACAGUUGUUUUGUUUUUUUUUUCCUGACUGCAUGUGUCUGAGUGAGUGUGUAUACAUUAUAUAUUUGUAUAUAUGAAUAUUGUAAAUGCUGUUUUUACAUGUUUCUGACUGGAUGACCAGCCAUAGAGAGCGAGAGAGGACGAGAUGUGCGAGUAGGCCCCAACAUGCUUUUGUAAAGUGAGAAACCAUCUGGUUCCUGGUUUCCAUAACUCCUGUGUUUUAUUUUUUAAAAAGGUUUGCAGCCCAAGUUAAUUACUACUCUCUCAUAAAGUUAAAUAAAUGUCACAAGAGCAAAAAAACUUUGUCCUUCCCUGUCAAUGUGACUUGAUAUUACGAAGAUGUGUAUGAUUCAGCUCAUUUCCUUGCUUGUAAGUGACUCAGUGCACAUCAAAGAGCUCCUGUCUUAAUAUGUGACAACUGUGAAGCAAAAAGUUUAAGGAAAAAAAAAAACGGUCCAGA